GACUGUUGCCGUUUGGGGUUUCAAUGCAGGGAACUGUGCGACACCAGGAAGUAGCAACCCAAGCAGACACUGUCAGCUCGUCAGUCUACAGCAGCAGCGAAAGCCCAAUAGAAUGCUAACAAACAGGGAACCCACGAGAAGAAGGCUUUUUGUGUGCUACCUUACCUCUGGGUCCACAACCCUGGUGUCAGGCUAUAUCAUCGUCCCUGUUUUGAGCCUUCAGGGGAAACGAAUUAGAGCUGGUGGACAUCGACCUGAGGCAGGAACGACCGGUCGCGAUAACAAAGCCCAUAUGGGUGCAUGUAAGCAGAGAUAAGAGUUGGAUGGAUAGACUCCAGAGUUUAGUGCAGACC